GGUCACGAAACCUAAAACACCAUUUAGUUGAAAAAUUAUAGAGGACAAAGAAGUGGAUCUAAAGUGAUAGAUAAGGUCACGAAACGUAAAACAGCAUUUCAUAUUUUCAUGUAUCAUCGAUUGAUACUAGGGAAUAUUUACAGAAGAGUGGGCUCACUACUUCAUCCACUUCCAAAACCACACCCUUCUUUUAAACCCCUUUCUCUCUCCUCAAAACCCCUAAUCUUCAUUUCUCACCUCCGUACCUCCGCCACCAAUCUUCAACCUCCGUCAUCUAUGGAUUCCACUGAAAUCUCACUCCGGCAAUCCCUAGCUGAGAAGCAAGCCGCCGUCGACGCCCAAGCAACCGCCGUGAGGGAGCUCAAGGGAUCUUCCGCCGCCGAUAAGGCUUCCGUCAACGCCGCCGUUGAAGCUCUCAAGGGCCUGAAAUUGGAGAAGUCUUCGAUUGAGGAGCAGCUUCAGGCGAUUUUGAAGAGUAAUGGCGGUGAAAGUAGGGAGGCAUUUCGACAAGGCGUGAUUAAUACGCUGGAAAGGAAAUUGUUUUACGUUCCUUCGUUUAAGAUCUAUGGUGGUGUUGCUGGUCUUUAUGAUUAUGGUCCUCCUGGUUGUGCUGUUAAGCAGAACGUUCUUGCCUAUUGGCGUCAGCAUUUUGUCAUGCAAGAAAACAUGUUGGAAGUUGAUUGCCCAUGUGUGACGCCGGAAGUUGUACUAAAAGCCUCAGGACACGUGGAUAAGUUUACUGACCUUAUGGUCAAGGAUGAAAAGACCGGCACAUGUUACCGUGCAGACCACUUGAUCAAGGAUUUCUGCAAGGAGGUACUUGAGAAGGAUCUCAGUUUACCUGCCAAAAAAAGAGAAGAAUUUGAGCAUGUUUUGGCUGUGUUGGAUGGUCUCUCUCCCGAGGAAUUGGGUGCAAAGAUAAAGGAAUAUGGCAUAACUGCACCUGAGACCAAAAAUGAGCUUUCUGAUCCGUAUCCCUUUAAUUUGAUGUUUCAGACCUCGAUAGGUCCCUCUGGUGUAAGCCCUGGGUUUAUGCGGCCAGAGACCGCACAAGGUAUUUUUGUGAACUUCAAGGACCUGUACUAUUAUAAUGGAAAUAAGCUUCCUUUUGCUGCUGCCCAAAUUGGUCAAGCCUUUAGAAAUGAGAUAUCUCCACGCCAAGGUCUUCUUAGAGUUCGUGAGUUUACUCUAGCAGAAAUAGAACAUUUUGUGGAUCCCCAGGACAAGUCUCAUAAAAAAUUUCCUGAUGUUGCAAGUUUGGAGUUUUUGAUGUUUCCGAGGGAGUUACAGGAGUCUGGGCAGUCUGCAAAGAAAAUGGCCCUCGGUGAAGCAGUUAGCAAGGGCACUGUCAACAAUGAAACUCUGGGUUAUUUCAUUGGUAGGGUGUACAUCUUCCUCACCAGCCUUGGUAUUGACAAAGAAAAGUUGCGAUUCCGUCAGCAUCUUUCAAAGGAGAUGGCUCACUAUGCUGCUGAUUGUUGGGAUGCUGAGAUUGAAUGCUCAUAUGGUUGGAUUGAGUGUGUUGGCAUUGCUGACAGAUCUGCAUAUGAUUUGCAUGCUCACACGGAUAAAAGUGGCGUAGCUCUUGUGGCUCAUGAGAAAUACGCAGAACCAAUAGAAGUAGAGAAAGUUACUAUUACUCCAGUUAAAAGGGAGCUUGGCCUUGCAUUUAAGGGGAACCAGAAGAUGGUGGUUGAAGCAUUGGAGGCCAUGGAUGAAAAAGACGCCAUGGAUAUGAAGGCCAACUUGGAGUCUAAGGGUGAAGUGGAAUUCAAGGUGUGCACUCUUGAGAAAAAUGUGACAAUAACCAACAAGAUGGUAACGAUCAAGAAGGAGAAGAAGAAGGAACAUCAAAGGGUUUUUACGCCAUCAGUUAUUGAGCCAUCUUUUGGUAUUGGGCGAAUCAUAUACUGUUUGUACGAGCAUUCUUUUUACACCAGGGCAAGCAAAGCCGGAGAUGAGCAAUUGAACGUCUUCCGUUUCCCCCCUCUUGUGGCUCCAAUAAAAUGCACUGUGUUUCCUCUGGUUCAAAAUCAGGAUUAUGAGAAAGUCGCUGGACAGAUUGUUAAGUCAUUGGCUGCGGCUGGUAUCUCGCAUAAGAUUGACACUACAGGCACAUCGAUAGGCAAGCGUUAUGCAAGAACUGAUGAACUUGGAGUACCCUUUGCCAUCACUGUUGACUCAAUAGACUCUGUCACAGUUCGGGAGAGAGACAGCAAGCAACAGAUUCGAGUCCCGGUUGAUGAGGUUUCAUCUGUUAUUAAAGAGGUGACUGAUGGUCAGAGCACCUGGGGAGAUGUGCAAUGGAGAUACCCAACUCAUUCAUCUGUAUCCGCAGAUGAGUAAGAAUAGCGUAAAAAAAGGAGUUGUUCAAGGAUAUGAAGAUUGAAAGAGGUGCUUUUGUUAACUGUACAAGAACACAUGAUACAAGAAAUGCUGACGGCCAAUUUUCACCUCAGAUAACUAGUCAAUUUGUAACGCAAUAUGUUUAUCUUUUUUAAAAUUCAACCUACUCUCUUAGUUACUGAAUAACCAAAUGAUAUGGAUUUUGCAUCUUCAA